AAUAUUGAUCGUGAAAUAUGAUACAUAAAAGCGUCCUAAUAUGCAUGUAACCCUAGUUUGACAUGGCCUUUAAGUCCAGUCGCUGACCCGACCCAUAUUCCCAAGCCCUACCCGAGCCGAUCUGCAACCAUUCACGUUUGAAACCACUCUGCACUCCCCCACCAACACACAACUAGCUCUCGAUUUGUUCCCCUUUUCGUCUGUAAUUAAUGGAACAACAACAGAGCACCAACAAUGGAGUUGAACAACAACAGGAUUCCAAUCUUCUCAAUCCAACAAUACCGUCCGGUGAACAGACUGUGUGGGCCGACGUUUCCAAUCUUCUCGAAUCUGCUCGUAACGAUCUGCAAGAUGGGGAGCUCAUAUGUGGAGAGAAUUUCAAUCUUUUUGCAGCCAUGUCUGCUUUGGAGAUAAUGGACCCAAAGAUGGAUUCAGGCAUUGUUUGUAAAUAUUAUUCUGUUGAUGAAGCCAUUGAGGAUGGUGCAGCACCAAUCCCGUUGAGUCCGAAUAAGACUGCCGAUGUUCACUAUAUAAUCGAUGUCAUGGAUCAUCUGCUUUGUUGUGAGGCAACUUGGCACAAGGGUCAUUCACUGGCACAAACUAUUUUUUCUUGCAUCUAUCUCUUGAGACCUGAUAGAACAUCGUCACAUCCUUUGUUGAGUUCUUAUUGCACGGUAGUUCGUGCAACAUGCAAUGCAGUUGUUUCAGUCGUUUCUGACACACGUACACAUGAGGAAGAAGAUUUGUUUACUAUUACAUCUGGCCUACCAUUGAAAAAAGAUGGUGAUGAAAAAUGUUUAUCCAUGCUAAAUGUUAUAGAAGAAACUGUUACUCGCCAAUUAAAUGCUUGCAAAUCCCCCUCACAUAAGAAGAGAUCAAUAGAAGACAUAGAGCCGUUACAAACAAAUCUUGAUUUGGAAGAAGGGUAUUGCAAAGCUGUGUUAUGUCGUUUGCGCUUUCGUAAGCAUCUUUACCAUGUUCUGGUAUGUCUAAGGCGACCUCAAGGAAGAGGUUUGGAUUUAGCGAGAAAACAUAUAGCCUCCUGCUUAAUGGAGCUCGGUAACAUUCUUAAAACUGAAGGUUUUCUUAGGUCAAACCGUAAAUAUGGAAUGUGUGAAAAUACAACGGAAGAUAUUACAACUGCUUCUGGUUGUCAGCCAGUCGGGUUUGAUUCCACUUUGAACACUAGAUUAUCCGCUCCAACACCUCCCCGUGCAAUCAAACUUUUCUGCUGGAAGAAGGCAGUCGAAUAUUUCGAAAAGCUGCUUCGUGAUCUGGAUGUUGUUUGUUCACAUCCAACAGACUCAUCUUUUGAAGGAGUUUUGCGGUUUGUUGUUGAGUUUCAGAAGUUACAACCUGAUUUGGUUGCUCGAUCUCAUUUACAACUUCUACUAGUUCAAGACGGGAAAUUCUACGGGCGUGAUCCGAUGUUUGCGGUUAUUUGUAGAGCAGCUGCAGUACCAGAAGUUAUAAAGAACGACGAUAUACAGAAAAAUGAAUCUUUUGUACAUCUUGGUCAGUUGGCGAUAACUUUACUUAAAAUCUUGUGUACAAAUGCUGCAUGGCAAAGGCGUCAACUUGGCAAAGUCUUACAAGACUGGCGUAUCUUACACAUGCAGCUAGAGCUUGCUCUUAGAAAGGAGUUUGAAGAAAGCUCAUGCACUUCAAUCGAUGAGAACUUAUUAUUGAAGAUGUAUAAACACAUUCUUAUCUGGAUUGAGGAACAAACAUUUUGGAUAGCUUUUCGUUUUCUCAUCUUAGGUUUCGAACUGGAGCUUUAUUCCCCUAGUGAGUACUGCAUGGUGUAUUGGUAUAUCUACGUUAUCUUGAUCAAACUUGGUGAAAAAAUGCAUCAAAGAAUGAUCACAAGCGGUGAAACUGCAUGUUUGCCAGGUAAGCGAAAGGGAAAGAAGAAAAAGGAAUCCAUGAAGGAUGUGUCAAAGGAUCUAUCGAUCCCACCUGCAGUUUUGUUACUGCAGUGCCAUAUAUAUCUUGCUGAAGGCCUGACAAUGAUGAUUGCUGCUUUAAGAAAUGAACAUGGAGUUUUUCAGUGUCGGGGACCAUUCAAUACUGAGCAAGAGAGAUUCAUUCAGCAUUUUGAGCACCUACAAAAAGCUUGCAUUCCUGAUCAUGUUUCAUACUACUCGUUUAGAGAAUACACUGACAAUGCACAAUUUAAUACUCUCGUUAUGUGUAAUUACUUUAAAGAAGCCCAAAGGAUUGCAAAGGAGUUGAGGAGUAGUUUCUCUAAUGACACAAACAAGUUGGCGGAGCUUCGGCAUUUGGAGCAGGUUGCCGAACACAACGGUAUCGCUCUUAAUCUUGUAAGUCGAUUAGGGUCUCUUGAUCCGUCACUUAAGGUUUCUUUUGAAUUCAACCACCAUUCCCACUUUGCAACUGCCGUUGUCAAGAGAUCCUGAUUUUUUUUUUCAAAUUUAUUUAUUCUUAUUAUUUGAUCCUCUAGCUGCAUUCUAGUUUUGCAAAUAGUGUUUUGCAACGUUUUAUGUUGUUUUUGUUCCAUAGAGGAUACAAUUUUCACAAUUCAUGUGUAUCGUCGCUUGUCACUUGCCAACAAGUUUUUUAUUUUUUUUUGUAGUUUAAUAGGGUUGAAUUUGAAACCACAUUGAUGAAUCUUUGCUCAUAUUCUCAUCCUUGCUUUACUCACAUUGUAUGUAACAGAGUGUUCCUUCUGCCCUUUUAUCAUUCUGAAAUUAUUUUUCCAA